AUGCACUCGGUAAAAGAAAAGGUGAGCAAUGCAGCCAGUGCUGCCAAGGCACAUGUCGAAUCAUACAAAGCCAAUAUGGAAGAGAAGGCAGAAAGAGCAACUGCAAGAACUCAGGAAGAGAAAGAGAUAGCACACCAGCGGAGGAAGGCGAAGGAAGCAGAAGCCAAGAUGAAUCUGCACGUUGAGAAAGCUGAACAUGCAGCUGAGAAGCUGCAUGGGAAACACCAUGUUCUUCGCCAUGACACGGUGGCCGGAGUUUAUGGUGGACAUCAUCAGACGCCUGUUGGUACGGUUGGCCAAACAACAGCUACUGGAGUUGUUCCUGGCGCUGUGCAGCAGCACCACCAGCAGCCUCUUGGUGCGGUAAACCCGGUCACUGGAACCACCGCUCCAACUUAUCCUCUAGGAGGACAUCUUCAUGGACAUAACAAACAUAUGUAG